ACUUACUUAAACAUACAUUUUAUAACAAAUCUCUUGCGGCCUGUCGGUGGUUAUCGAUAUUUAAUUGAUUUUCUUUCAACUGGAGUGAGUAAUUUUUGCCAAGAGAUAAAAGAGGCCAGAAAGUUGACAUCAACGCCGUGCCAAUGGAAGAAGAAAGGGUUGCAGAGGCGUAUCCAGAAGGGGGUGCUGAUGUGCCGGACAUAGGAGACUCAGAGAAUGAGGAGCAGUCUGGGGGUCAUCCCCCUCCCGAGUACCCGGGGGGAGGCGAGGACGAGAACGAGAACGAGGACGAGGAGGCGGUGGCAGCUGUGAACGAGAUAGAGAAUGCAGUGGGAGGCACAGCUGGAGGAGGAGAGGGGGGCAGCAGCAGCCACAACACCAGUGCUAGCUCCUCCAACUCACACGACCAGCAGGAGGACAAGGAAAACAACGAACAAAGAGGUGCCAACGAAAUCUCCGAGACGAAUGGAGUGGAGUGGAACAGGUAUGGACAAGAUGUGAAUGUGGAAGUGGAAGUAACGAACGAGAUCCACGAACAUCAUUCCAAUAACCAUUCCGCCGGAGUGGCCUCCAGUAGCCUUAACCAGCAGCACCCACCGAAUAAUUCAGAGGCCGAUGGGGGGCAGGGUGUGCUGAAUCUGGACAUCCAGUCUGCCAGGUCUAUGGUGAAGGCUUCCAGACACCAGGCCAAAGAGGCACCUGGCAGCUGGAAGAACAAGUGGGCAGACUUCAACAGGCUCUGAUUGCCUUGCUGGUCACGACAGCGACAACUGAGCUCAGUGAACUUGUAUAAACUCUGCUUACUCUUUCCUUUCUAUCAGUGUCUUCUUUUCAUUUCUAUUCUGAAGCAUGUUUAUAAACAGUUGUAUUAUUUGGCCUUCAUAGAUCUCUUCAACUCAUAGAUCUCUUCAACCCCCCCCCCCCUCACCUUUCCAGUUAAUUGCAUCCGUAGUUUUCUGUACAAUCUUGAAGCUUUUGCUUGAAUCUAUCUGAGGCCUACUUUUCUUUUUGACUUGUUUUCCAAAAUGGAAAAACCGUGCUUAAUAUCUAUAAUGCUGGCAAGUUUUGCUGCAAAAACCAUAUCCAUGUCAACAGUUGUGCCGAAUGAGUAUUUUCAAGCUAUUUGUAAAUAAGGAAAUUAAUCAACUAAUAACAUAAUUUGUACGCUGUGUCAAAUCAAACCUUGCUAAUUAAGUGUCAAUGAGCAAACUGUUUACUGAUUGUUGAGGUUUUCCUUAGGUUUAUUUUUUCAAGAGGAUUCAUUUAAUAGAAUAAACAUCACUAUUUGCCCGUUUUUUUAGACUGAGACAAUGAUAUCAAGAAAAUUAUUAAUCUUUGAACUCAUUAACACUUAUCUAGUAUGCUUCAUAUUUUUAUAAGAUGAAAGAUUGUCUUUUAGAGGAAUCAAAUUGUGUUAUAACUACAUUAGGUUUUGAUAUACGUAGUCUUUUAUGAUCCUUUCCAAAUUUGAUUGCCAGUCGCCAACAUCGAAAUUUACUUAUCAAAUCACGUGCAUAUCAAAUUCAUAAGAAUUUUUAGUUUGUAAAUGUAAAUAAACGUAACUUUGAUCGCUAUUGAUUUUUGUUGAAUGCGUGGCUCAAAUCGGAGCUAAUUUGUUCUCAAAGUUGCAUAGAAAUCGAUUAAAAGUUUACUGGGAAGCAACUUACCUCAUAUAGUAUUUUCAAGAUCAUUCAGAAUUUACCAUAAUUCAAGUUUUCUACUUUA